AUGAAUCAUAUUCACCCUAGAUUACGUAAUGGUUACACUGAUAAUAAAAAUUAUAUUUCAACAAAACUUAACCGCCUCAUCGCCAAGCAAACUAGUCCAACUGUGAGCAUCGAACUACACCGCGCCAAGCCGCCACACACCCAUAACCGCAAACCGUUCUCGCGAAAUAGCAAAAAAAAAUCGCCCCUCGCGUCAUCCUCCGGGUGUGUAUCAUCGACUUUUUCUCCCGUGGAGAUGGCGUCGUGUCCUCUUCUCCUCGUGUGCGUCGAGAGCCGCCGCAAAGUGCGCUCGGCGUCUACAGCGUCCAGACGUGCAGCAGUACCACCCCUCGCCGUCGCCGAGUCGCCAUCAGCUCCUGAAGACUCCGAUGAGCCACCGCAGACUUAUUUUCGGCCCAAGGCGAGCUUCUCGGAGGAUUCGAUAGAGGCGCAAUCGUCGACGAGGCUCGAAGAUUUGACCGCCGUAGGGAGGCCCUCCAGUUCGAGGGCGAUGAGCAAGGUGGACGAACGGAGGCCAGGGAUUAGAAGAGUCGAAAACAGGGCUAAUCGUCCGUUCGGUCUACCGCAACUAAAAAAACGUAAACUAGACGACACUACUACUACCAUGGCCACCGUAUCGAAGAUCUUCCCAAAGUCCCUCGACCCCACCGACGAGAAACGCCGCAAGAAGACUGACGACCUCGACCAGACAACAAAAUCACUCAUUCUACCUCAAAAGAAGCGCGUUCUGCCGUCUUCGUCAGCAGCCAGCCCGGUGAAAAAAUGCCAAAAGCUCUUACCCAACACCUCUUCAGACGAAGGAGCCGCCGCUGACGAAACACUGAUCCGCGAAACCGAAGCGGCUCUGAAAAACCUUUCUGGCAGUUGGCCAGGACCCAGAGGAUCUUCAUACCAGAAGAAACAGGACGAAUCUCCAGCCUUCGAGAACCUCUUCGACGAGAAGAAGAGCGUGAAAUUGUCGCCGUCGUCGUCGAGUAAUGGGAGUAAUGAUAUUUGCUCGUUGAAAGAUGUGAUUACGCUGAGGGAGCAACACGAAGAGGAAGAAAUAAGGAGCAAGUUGAGGAUUAAGCAGGAAGAUGACGGCAAGGUGAAGAUAAAACACGAAACGUCGCAUUAUGAGCCGCCUGAUUUUAAUGAAUUGGUGGAUGAUUCGUCGAAUGAAUUGGAGAUUGAUAUGUCGGAGGCGGCGGCGGAGAAGAACGACGAUAAGAAGGAGAAGAAGAGUGAAUGUGAUGACAAAACAGGUCCCCUCCCUGCUGAAGCGACAUUCGUCGGAUACCCGCUCUCCGGCGACGAAAAGAGCAAAGCGAAAGAGGUGGAAAAAUCUCCGGAAGAGGUUAGCAAACAGUAUACGAUACUGCAGCCGGCGGCGGCGGGCUCGAGGGCAGCCAAUGCGCUCCAGGAGGUGGCAAGAGAGGGAGUGCCCAGCGUAGCGGCGGUGGCCAACGAACCCAAGAUGGUCACGCCAACUGGAACGUUAUCGCCCAACAGUAUAGGGAGAGAAGGAAGUAAAUGUCCAACACCAGGCUGCACCGGCCAGGGCCACGUGACGGGCUUAUACUCCCACCACCGAAGUCUAUCUGGAUGUCCGCGUAAAGAUAAAGUAACUCCAGAAAGUGUUCCCUGUCAAAGCGAGUUCGGCUCCCGCACUCCAACCUCCGAAGACGUCAAACCUGGCUACCUAAUUAGCUAUCAACACCCCGAACAAGACGCCAAAUCGUACGAACAGUUCUACAACAAGACCAACCCGAACCUAAAAGCCGACAUGAUGAAAGUACCCAAAACGGAAAUAAGCCAAAGCAGCUGUUGCAACGUAUCCGGCCAGACGGAACUACUGGUACCAAAAACCGAACUGACGGGUACGUGUAGGUCGCCACCUUCCAACAUGCGAAAUGCGUACGAACCGUACUUGAACCAAGACUCAAAUUCCUCGUCCAUGUCCAGUAUGGACACCAUUAACUCCAGAGCACCCCAGCAUCAAAUUCAUCACAUGACCCCCCACCAAAAUCCACAGUCAGGGUAUCCCAUGGACCACCAAAUGUCCCAACGAUCGCCUUACCACCAGUCGCCUAUGUCGGAAGAAAUGUACCACAGAUCGGACCGAUCCUACACGGACAUGACUGACUCAAUGGGAGGUAUUCCAAGACCUGUAGUGACAUAUUCCAAUGAAAUAGCCUCAAGGUCUUACGAUUCUUCUAUGGUCAAUUCAGCUAGUCACAGACCGUACGACCCAGGUACUGCUACAGCAUUUGAAAGAUAUGACGGACAAUGCGUUACGAUGCAACAAGGACUAGCACCACCACGAGUCCCACCACAAGGAAUUUAUGGGUACGGUUCACUAGAAGAACAACAAGACCAAAGGUACCAGCAGGAAGCAGUAGCGGUUCAGCAUCAUCAAAUAGGAGUGAACGGGUCACAGGGACUGAUAAAGACUGAAACGGGUCAAGAGUCAACGGGCCCUUUAUAUCCAAGACCUAUGUACCAAUACGACGCCUCCGGCGGUCCACCCCUGCCUCUCGGCUUUUCCGCAAUUAACUUGUCCGUAAAAUGUGUAACAACGGCCCAAGCCCAAAUGAAAGUGGCCGGUCCCCACACGUCGCCCGGCGGCACAGUCAUCGACCUGUCGACGUCGAGCGUCACAACGACAAGCCCACAGGUGGCCUACAGUUCACCGCACUACGGCGGUCAGCGAGUGGGCGGUAGUCCGCAGGCCGCCGCCAGCCCUCAUCUUUCGGCUAGUCCUCAGGUGCCCAGUCCGCAGGGUCAAACUCUGGACUUGAGCGUCAGCCGGUUAUCGCACAGCAGCGACGCAAGUCCGCAAUACCAGAAUGGUCACGGCGAGGGUGUUCCGGUACCGGCAGGGUUCAUCGGGCCCCGCGACGAGCAAACAGAACCUGUCGAUUUUUCAACUGCAAAUGAACCCGUUAAUUUCAGUGGCGUACGGCCCGUUGCGACUUUCGCCGGUCCAGUACUGGCUCCUGGCUCAGGAUACAGCCGAGAAUCCACUCCAGACAGCGGGGGAUCGCACUACAUGGACGCUUACAGAGACCCUGCAGGUUACGGUCCCAUGAGCCCUCAUCCAGGUUAUGGGAUGACAAGCGUCGCCAGCGACUACACCUCCAACCCUUACACGCCUUACCCUACCAGUGGCUAUUCAUGUGCCAGUGGUUAUCCGGGCUCUGUGACAACAGGGUAUCCGGCCCCGCCUGGAGGCUACUCACCAGGUCCCUGCUACUCGAUGCCACCUCCUCAGCACACAAUGUCCCAGCACGACAAACCACCGAACAAAGAUGCGAGCUUAUCUGGCUGCCCGAGAGCCGAUCGUAGCCAAAUCCAGGCACACUCUCAGGAAUUGAAAUGCCCGACCCCGGGUUGUGACGGUUCCGGACACGUCACCGGAAACUACUCAUCACACCGGAGCCUAUCUGGGUGUCCGAGGGCGAACAAACCGAAGAGUAAACCCCGCGAUGGCCAAGAUAGCGAACCGUUAAGAUGUCCUAUUCCGGGUUGCGACGGGUCUGGACAUGCGACCGGAAAAUUCUUGUCACACAGAAGCGCAUCGGGUUGUCCCAUUGCCAACAGAAACAAAAUGCGAGUCUUGGAAAGCGGAGGUUCGGUUGAACAGCACAAAGCAGCGGUAGCAGCGGCCACAGCGAUGAAAUUCGAGGGAGUUAACUGUCCCACACCAGGAUGCGACGGCACGGGACAUAUUAACGGUUCCUUUCUCACACAUCGUUCGCUGAGUGGAUGUCCCGUGGCGGGACAAACCAUCAAGAAAUCGAAAUAUCCAGAGGAGAUGCCAUUCUACGCCAAAGGAUACACAGGUAUGGAACAGUCGAAUAACGGCGAAGAUCUGAUGACUCUGGAAGCUGAAAUAACAGAGCUUCAGAGAGAGAAUGCUCGAGUUGAAUCGCAGAUGAUCAAGCUUAAAUCCGAUAUUAAUGCCAUGGAAAAUCACCUCAACAACGGAGAAAAGGAAACUCAAGCGCUCAGUCAGCGCACCAACAACCUGAACGAAUACUACGAAAGCUUGAGGAACAACGUGAUUACAUUAUUGGAACACGUCCGGUUGCCCGGAAGCGGUCCGGCGCCGGAAAAAAUCGGACAGGAAAAUUUCGAUUCGUAUUUGAGCAAAUUGCAAACGCUCUGCACGCCAGAAGGAUAUUGUAGUGACGAAAAUAGGCCCCUAUACGAGACUGUCAAAUGUGCGUUGCAAGACUUUACGGUACUACCAACGCCCAUUUAAGUGUUGUUCGGUCGCUACUAAUAGUUCCGGAAGUGUUUACGGUGCCAGCUAUUUGCCAGGUCUGAUACGUAAGUGCUAAAGACACUAUGAACAACAGUAAAGCAACAAAAUAAUUCUGAAUAAGUUGACCCGUUCUAACCUGAUAUGACUUGGCUAAAAUAGGAAUUGAAGUAAUACACGCCUGUAAAGUAGUUAAGUCUAAAUUUUGCGUCUCGUGUGGCCAGCCUUUACUGAUAGGCCUGCCAGUUUUCGCUUAGAAAAUGAUAAACGAAGCGGCAAAGGCUGAUACUGGAAACUUAUCCGGUGAAGUACGUCGCGUUCACUAAGCUAAAGUCAUUUGUACGUAAUUAUAAAUUGUGAUCUACUGUAAAUAGGGCUCAUUUGUAUAGAAGAUGAUCCAAUACUAGCUGCAUACGGUGUACAUUUCUGACAACUGUACAUAUAAUUAUAAAAUACAGAUACGAUACUAUCAUUGUAAAAACGUCUACUCAUUUUCUAGUUUUAGAUUCCGGCAUUGUUUUCGUCAACACUCUUCUUAUUUGUUAACUGUACAAACCUUAUAGAUUUUAUCUCAUUAGUAGAAAUCUAUAUUUUAAUAAAUCGCUUUAAUAUUCGUAGCGUUAAAGACAUCGUUUUAUUCGUUUUUUUAGAUUAUCUGUGAUUAUACGUUACGUAAUAUUGUUUACAUUUAGGCUCUAGUGUUAUUUGUAAAACUAUAUUAUGAUGUGCAAUACGCAGUAAAAAACGUCUCGAUGCGAGACUUUUUUACUUCCCUCUCCUAUCGUGAUUAAUUCAUUCGCAGUGUUCAGUCAUAUUUCCCUUAUUAUUUAUUAUUACCGAUUCCGAAAAAAUAAUUAAAGGAAAAAUGUUUUUUACUGUGCUGUUUACCGAAUUGUUGUGUAAUGUGUAAAUAAAACGAAUGAGUAUAACCAUUCUCAUCAUUAAAUAAUUAUUUGU